GGCCCUAAGGGAGGAAGGGCCAUGGGCCAUGAGACCCGGUGGGGGACAGGGCCGUGGUUAAGCUGGUUGUCUCCAGUAUGGGAGCCGCGGCCUGGACACCUGCGCCCUGAUGCCCACCCUCUCCCCAGGAGCGCCUGGACCAUGCUGCUGAGCGCCUACUGGCACGGGCUGCACCCCGGCUACUAUCUCAGCUUCCUGACCGUCCCGCUGUGCCUGGCCGCGGAGGGCUGUCUGGAGGCUGCCCUGUGGGGUCGGCUGAGCCCCAGGGGCCAGAAAGUCUGGUACUGGGUGCACUGGUUCCUGAAGAUGCGCGCCUAUGACUACAUGUGCAUGGGCUUCGUGCUCCUGUCCAUGGGCAGCACGCUCCGCUACUGGGCCUCCGUCUACUUCUGCCUGCACAUCCUGGCCCUGGCCUGCCUGGGGCUGGGGCUGGCUUUGGGUGGGGGCCGGCCUGGCCGGCGGAAGACCGCGUCCCAGAGCCUCGGCUGUGCCCACGCCGCUUGUCCCGUGUUCCUGCCCGGCCUGCAGUGUUGA